AUGGUAGACGCACCACGUUUCAGGGGCUCUGGCUCUGGUAUACAAAAGCCGGGGAAGACAUCGUUAGCAUGCAACACGUGCCGUCAGCGGAAAUCACGCUGUGAUGGGCUUCGGCCGUCAUGCACCCACUGCUUUACCAUUGGCGCUGACUGCUAUUAUCGGGCUACGCCAACCAAUCUCGAAGCUGAUUUUUCUGUUUUACAACGAUUAGCAGCUGUAGAAGCUCGACUCAAUGCAUUAGAGUAUGGCCCACCUCGUCGAGAGAUUGCAAUUUCGGACCAAGUCUCACCCCAGCCGUCUGCCACCGAGAAUGGCGUGCAAAUACCGGGCUUCCACCAUGGUGCAUCUCAUAAAAUGCUGCAGUACUGGUCUCGCCUCCGGGUGCGACUGACUCUUCCGGACUUUGAAGUUUUGACAUUCUUCCAAAAGGUUGAUUCCCAGGAUCAGCGAUUCACUCGCAUCUUAAGUUCUAGUGACUGUGAAGUGAAUCCGAUUAUUCUGCCACGCAAAGUUCUGGAGCUGAAGGAGCUAGAGCACAGAGUCUUACAGCUACCUUCUUCCAUUGUCAUGAUUCUGAUGAACCCAGAAAUGUUUCCAUGGGUCUCCGUGAGCUUCAAACUUGCUGCCACGGCUGAUGCAGCAUGCAAUAUCAACGCAAUGAUCAACCUAUCAGAGCUUUCUUUGGAAGAGCUGCUAUAUUGUACUAUUGUUUGGCAACUUGACAAGGAGACGGGAAUUGUAUCAAAACCUUUAACAUCUGCGUUGUCUGAGAUGGCUUUCACUCUCGGGCUUCAGAAACUCUGGAUGCUGGAUCUGAAGGAUGAUUUAAACGCGAUAUCGAUGAAGCUGAUUAUUGCAUCGCUUUUUCUUCAUCUUUGGGCAAGCCACUCACGUUCCUUGGCUAUUUUGCGCGCCAUUGACCCGGCUAUAUGUAGAUAUCUGAGCCAGUAUGGGAAACAGAAAACCCAGUCAGCUGCCAUAAUCAACCAAGUGUAUUACUUGCUCCAAAGUGAUAUUUUGAACGAGGUCGAUGGGAGUCCAUCUCCUCGCUUGCCUAUAAUUGAUGUCAACCUGUUCCUCAACCCUAAUCCUGAGGCUGCCCAGAGAUUAUCGAUAGGUAAUCACAGUUUCCAAGAUAGCGAAGGGGUCUCUGGGGUGUAUGAGAGGUGCCAACAAAAGCAUCAGUCACGCAUCCACGAUUUCGAGAGACUAGUAUGGCUACGAGCGACGUUGAACGCAAUACUGCAAAGCCUUUACACCACCGAGCAGGCGUACUGUCGCCCGGAGGAGGCAGGCUCAGUCAUUACUAAAUAUCGAUUGAAGCUGGAUCUGUGGUUACAAUCUUUGCCAGCCGAGUAUCGUUGCCUUGCAGAUGCGAGUAACUUCGAUUCAAUACCAGCCUAUUCAGAUCCCCUGCAGAGAGAAAUUACGAUGAGAUAUCAUGCUUGUAUAAUGAUUCUCAACCGCCCAAUCCUUUACUUUGUUCUUUACCAGGGGUUCGAAGGUUCUGCAUCAGCCGAAGGCACGUCCAUGGGAGCCCAACGCGACCCAUGGGUAUUGCAUGCUUGUUUGGAAUGCGCCAAAAGUGCUCGAUCAAUAAUAUCCAUUGUGGCAGAAAUGGCCUCGCAGAUUGGGAACCACCCAACGGCAAUGAGUCCAGGCUGGUAUGCAUGUCAGCUCGUGGUCGGGUCAUACGCGGUUUUGCUUUCACUUCAGAUUUCUCCCUCUUUAUUCUCCACGAUGCCAUUACUCACGAAGAUAGAUAGAGCCUUAGAUCAGGCUGAAGAUAUUCUGGUCCAAGCCAGCAAGAGCUCACUUGUGUUUCAAACCUUUUUGAAGGCUUUGCGCAAUAUCAGAUAUAAUCAUAACUCACAGAUAUCAUCACUUGAAUGGAGUAUAAGGGACCG